AUGAAGGAGAGGAACAAAGGUGUGGAAACUUACACCAAUGACAUGGAUUGCUACUACUACUCCACCUCUGAACUCCCAUGUAAGAAACACCCUUCUUCUUCUUCUGUUGGUAUAUGUGCUUAUUGUCUCAAAGACCGUUUGGUCAAGCUUGUGUGUUCUGACUGUGGAGAGCAAAGGCUUUCUUCUUGUUCCUGCUCUGAUGAGAUGAUCUCCUCACACCGCAACUCAUGCACUGUUGAGGUGGGAAGCGUUGGAAGGGUAUCAUUUCUCAUUGAGAAUGAGAAGAAUGAGGCCCCAGUUCUUCAGCAUUUGAAUCCAAAUAAGGCCAAAGAUAAGGAGGAGGAGGUUGUGGUGCUGAGGAGGAGCAGCAGCAGCUGUGUUGAGAUCAAGAGGCAUGGUGGGUUUUGGAGAAUUGGGAAGUUGUUUAGGAAGAAAAAGGAGAAGGAUUGUGGGAGAAGUGUUGUUGGGUUUGAUGAGAGGAAUGAGAUGUGGAUGCUGGAUCAAGGGGGUGUGUCUAGGUCCAGGUCACUAUGCAGCUUCAGAGGGGGAGGGCUAUUUGGAUCUGAGGACGGUGGGGAUUCAGUGUUGUCAGGUGCCAGAAGCUCAAUUUCGGCAGCUAGGAGUUCUGGGGUUAAUGGGGGUUUGAUGUUGGAAUCUGGGAGAAGAAGUGGAUACAGUGAAGCUGAGCCAAGAAGGAGUGGUUUUGAUGGGGAGAGGAGGGAUUUCGUGUUUGAUUAUGAAAGUGGCAAUGAUCUUAAUCUCAAGGGUGGUGGAAAGAAGGGUAGCGGCCUAAUGGAUGGCGAUGGGGGGUUCUAUGGGACAAAUAGGCGUGUGUUUUCACUCAGGGAGAGUGAUUUCAAAGGCAUGGAUGAGUCUAGCUUUAUUGACUUGAAGCUUGAUUACUCAUCAGAAUCUAAGCAUGAGUUUUCUGCUGCAAAGAUGAGCAACCUUGGUGACCCUUUCUCUUCUUUUAGAGGUGGCAAUUUCAUGGCACAUGAUGGGGGAGGUUCUUAUGGGGGUUUGGUAGGGGAUGGAGUUUUAACCAAUGGAGGGUCAUGUAGAAUCACAGUGAACGACAGAGGAAUCAAAAGGGGAAGGAAAAGCAUGAAGGGUUGGAGGUGGAUUUUCAGAUACCAUUCAAAUUGGGGAAGCUCAAGGAAAAGAGACGAAGAUUUCAUGUUCAAAGCCUGA